AUGAGUGUCGAAGAAAUUUUGAGACAUUCGAACUAUUCCAUGUUGGAAGGAAAAAUUGAUAACCGGAUCAUAUCCUGUCUACAGGGAAUGGGAUUUGAAAAACCAACAGAAAUUCAGGCAAAGGUUAUACCUCACAUGUUACUUGGGGUAGAUGUUAUUGCUGGAGCUAAAACUGGGAGUGGGAAAACUUUAGCUUUUCUUAUACCACUUGUAGAUAAUUUAAUAAGAAAUAAUUUCUCCAAAGUGCAUGGUACCGGAAGUAUUAUUAUUUCUCCAACUAGAGAAUUGGCACUUCAGACUUACAAUAUAUUGAAGCAAUUGCUUAUAAACAUAAAAAUGUCUCAUGCCUUAAUCGUUGGUGGUGUUAAGAAGUCAAAAGAAUUAUUAUCUUUAAAGAAAGGUGUUAAUAUAAUCGUCGGAACUCCUGGAAGAAUUUUGGACCAUUUAGAGAAUACUAAGGAAUUCAACUGUCAAAACUUAAAAUGUCUCAUAUUAGAUGAAGCGGACAAGUUGCUUGAGGCUGGGUUUGAAAAACAUAUUACUGGGAUAAUUAAACAUUUACCAAAGAAUAGACAAACUGGGCUCUUUAGUGCAACAAUAGAUGAAAGAGUUAAAAACCUCGCAAGAGUCACUCUCAGAGAAAAGCCUACAUCGGUGAUAGUUAAAGAUGAGAUACAAUCUACAGUUGCGGGACUAAAACAAGGAUAUUUUAUUUGCCCUGUUGAAAAGAGGAUACCAUGGUUGUUCAAAAUGCUUAAAAGAGCAAGAAAAUUAAAAGUUUUAGUUUUCUUUUCAUCUUGUAAAUCUGUCGAUUUUCAUUAUGAAUUCUUUAAAAAAUGUUGUAAGGGAGACAUUUUACAUAUUCACGGAAAGCUUAGUCAGUCUAGAAGAAAGGAAGCAUAUGAAAACUUUGUAGAAACUAAAAGUGGUAUCCUGUUUUGCACAGAUGUUGCUGCUAGAGGUUUAGACAUUCCAGCAGUUGACUGGGUUGUACAAUUUGAUCCGCCUUCAGAUGUUAAGGAAUAUAUCCACAGAGUUGGUCGCACCGCUCGAGGUAUAAAUAAUCACGGGAACGCUGUAAUUCUGCUAAGACCAGAGGAGGAAUGCUUUACAAACUUUCUAGAAAAGGAAAAAGUUUAUUUAGAUAAAUAUACAUUUGAUUUCUCUGAAGAAGUGCAAAACAUGCUGGAAGACAUUAUACAAAGCAAUGGUGUCAUGAAAGUCUUAGCUCGGAAAGCAUAUUUAUCAUUUCUGAGAUGCUAUAAAAAGCACCCAUUGUCUAAGGUGUUCAACAUUAAGAGUUUAGAUUUGAAAUUAGCUGCAAAAGCUUUUGGAUUUUUAGAACAGCCACAUGUGGAUUUUUUGCAAAACAAAUCCAAGAAAAAACUAUGA